AGUGGUUUAGCGGGCGACAGUUAGAGUUCAAGUGAAUGGUCGUUCUUGUGUGGGUUCGACUCCCAUAGCCCCGAUGUGACGAAAAAGACUGAUUCAACGAGAUACGCCGUGCCUGCAUUAAGAUUUCAAACUUGUCGUCUACUUUCAGGAAAUGUUUGGAACAGAGAACUUACAAUAAUACAACGCCGCAUUCUCCGAAAAUUGAGAAACAAGAAGAGAUCUAUUAAGAGAAAGAUUUAUUCGAGAGAAAAUCUUAACAGUUACAUCCAAUCACAAACUACACGAAAGUUGCCCCUUUUUCAUGGAGAUUUACCCAUCACAGAGAUGCACAGAGGAAGAGAACGAACUUCAUAUAUCCCUUUUCUACUCAAUCCAGAAACAAGAUCGGACGUUAUUCCGGUUCGUCUCCAUUUUCGUGAAACUAUUCCUCAAGCAAGGCAGCCGAUAAGUCAUCGAAGGGUUUGUGUGAAUAAUGGAAUGGUAAGCAUUACUCAUUUUAAAGUGUCCCGCGGUGAUAUAAUAUCUUUUCAAGAAAAUGACGCGAGAGCCCGCGGUGAAGAAAUAAGGAGAUCCUUCUAUAUCGAAAUCUCAGUUGAAAAAAUAAUAGGAAAAUUCCGUGAUCACCCGGUAAGAAUGUGGAGAAGAACCAAAACAGAAUGGUUCCGCCUACUCAAAACUAAGAGGGGAUGCCGCCUACUACUAAAAGACGGGUUUUUGCAACAGUUGCGUUCUUCUAUGCAAGAAGAAGACUUAGAAAGAACAAAGAACUUUUUUGGAUCCAUAAAAAUAAAAGUAUGCUUAGGCAGUUCUUUCGCUGAGCACAACAGAAUGAAGAGGAAUUUGUAUCAUUUCAAAUCCCUAUUCUUAUCGAAGAGAAGGAACGAGAAAAACCGAAAUCUUCCUACCCGAACAAGAAGUCCUAUAGUUUACAACUCUUCUUUAUAUAGUAAUUCGACCUAUUGCUCCGCACCCUCCCAUCAGUUUACUAUGAAGAGAAAAAUAAAAAGAAUCGAACUGCCUACUCAUUAUUCGGAGGUGAAUCAUAGAACACUAAAAGCUGUGGUAUCUUAUGGACCUAACAUAGGUCACAUCCCUCACGACAUAAGAUUGAAAGAUCCAAACCUUCUUCUUCGGAGCGGAAACGGACGUGGCCAAAACAUAUAAAGAUCGGAUCGGCGUAGUCGCUCAUAGGGACAUAUCUAUCCGGAUAGAGGAUAGUCUAGAUCGAUUCAUAGAUGGAUCUCUCUCCAUAUAGAUAGGUAUCUCCGUGGAUAGAGAUAAAGAUAGGGAUCCAUCUAGAUCUUGAUUCACUAUUUCCAUUUUUGACGACAAGUUUGAAAUCUUAAUGCGGGUAAGUCGAAGACUUCUCGUCGAAUAUCAAAGGAAACAUCGUUUUUCAAUUCUUGCUUGGGUCGGAGCGUAGACGGGCGAGUAGAGCCCAGGAAACAGGAAAGCUCGUCAUAGAGAGAGCAGUUGACUAAAAAUAGAAGACUGCUGCCCUGCCCUGAGAGGGGGCGGCCUCUCUCGGGAAAGAUGGCCCAAUUUCUCUUCUUUCUUUUUAACCUCGUUAGCUCAGCGGUAUAUUUUUUUAAUAAUAGCAGCCGGUUGAGAUAUUUCGUUUUCUAAUUUCCUGCUAUUGCGUUCCUUUCAUCGAAAGCCUGAGAGAAGCGGGAAGGGAUAGUCCUUUUUUCCGGCAAGUCCAAGCGGAUUUUUAUGAAUUACGCCGAAGCGGCGGAACAGAAGCCGCACUCAGAAGGGAGUGGCAGGGAAGGGGGCGAUAAGAGGGGCGCGGUUAUAUUUGAACAUAAGGUCUUGGGAAGACGACGGCGCAUAAGAAUAGGGGGGUGGGUUAAAGGUAAGGCAGCUAGGCAAAUACCUCGCCGAAAGGUGGAGGAGGGCGCCGAGACCCUGGGCAGCGGGAUUUUCCCGUCAUGAUCUCGACUAAAGGAAAGUCGCACGUAGAUAUGGGUUCGAGUCCCAUUCAUGAUUCCAGUUCAGAAGGACUUCAUUCAAUCGAAGAAGGAAGCAUUACGAACAGAUAAGCAGACAGGGUGACAAGAUGCGACAACCAGGUAAAGGACUUUUUUCUUACAGAGUUCUUUUACUUUUCUGUAAUCACCUCACUCACUCUAAGGUGAGUGAAAUGCCCUACUUCUACCUGCAAAAGGAAAUCCAAUUGGAAAAACCUGACUGAACGUUAGGAUGUUAUGUCGACUUAAUCCGUGAUUUAAUAUGUUAUGUAGGCUUAGCCUGAAGUUGAAGAUUUCGAUGGUCUAGCCCGAAAUGGGAGUGAGAAAAGUCUCUAAAAAGGAGAGCAGGGCUCAUUUCAUCUUUCAUUUCUGCACGAGCAAAGCCAACCACAGCCAUCACCUUUUCAGAAGAGGACAGACAUGCUCUUAGCAGAUUGGAAGCAUAACCGCCCUUGCUUAGCUCCUUCUUUCUUUUCUUUGUCUUCUAUCGUUCGUAUACCGUAUAUAGGUAUACUCACUUGCUUAGAGCUUUCAUACAGACUUUUUCUGGUCGUUCAUUCGGAGCCAAGCUAACGCUUUUGGGCUAACGCUUGUCUCCCGCAUUCACUAACUACCAUAGCUAGUUGAGAUAGAUCGUUCGUAUACCGUAUAUAGGUAUACUCACUUGCUAGCACCUCUUUCUAGAACACUAAACUUCUCUUAUGCACCUUUUUUCUUACUUGCCGUAGGUUCUGAAAGAUGCUCGACCAGCGGGAGUAGGUCUUAUAGAAAGAAUAGAGAUUGCCAAUAGAGCUAGCUUUCUUUGUGCAAGAGAUAGAAGAAGAACAUAUCUCUUCUAGGCCGGCUGCUUCACUUGUAUUUGCUAUUCAUCUAUCUGUGAGAAACCUGUACAGGAAGGCGUAAACUCCGCCGAAAGCCGUUGUGCUUUGAUGCCGCCUGCCGGGAAUUCUUAUAUAUGAGAAUCAGAUGGCUGUUGUUAACUGCUAAGAGAUUGUACCAUUGGCACUAGACUUCGUUCUUCAACCUACUUAUUUAACCUCUAUCCUACGUGGAUGUAAGGUAACACCAAGGAUACUAGCAUCCACGCAAUCAACGUGUAUCAUUUACUGAUAGCAUAUGGGGCUUUUACCAUAGUAGCUACUCACUCAUAACUCCCGGAAAGAAGGCUUAUCCGCGCAAUCAACAUGUAUCGUUUACUUUGAUUUAAUGAAUGCAACAAUCUCUCAUUAGAGUUCGACGCAUUAAAUUAUGAUCUAUCUAUUACGAUGAAGUUCAUUGCAUUUCCUAUACCCUUCCUUCUUGCUAUACGGGCUACUUCAUUCCUUGCUUUAGAAUGACGAAGAGAGAAGUGUGAAAGCAAUGCUACCUUCCCUCUAUUCUUUCAGUUGUUAGCUGCUUCUUUAUCUGGUAUUGAGUUCAUAGACCACAAUCUAAAUGUGAUUCCGACACCUGACGAAGGCCUUCGACGUGCUGCUAAUAUAGGGAAGCAAGGUCGUAGUUAGUAGCCCGUUACGGAAAGCUAGCUGAACUCUCUUCUAUGUCUUACGUAGAUAAGAAGGAAUGGGACUGCUGUAGCUUCGCUUCUUCUUCUGCUCGCUACCGCCGAUUAGCUCGACCAGAGGCAGGAAGAUUACGGGGUUUAGUCCUCUUCGUUCCCAUUCCGACCUCGAUAUGCAGCUAAAGAAUGCUGUCAUCCGUAGUUUAUGCUUUAAUGUAACACAUAACACCUGUGGAGUCCCUUUUGCGCGAUAGAGGCUAAAUAAGUUGGGCUUGUUGUCUACUCGAGUGUAUCGAUAAACCAGUCAUCUCAACAUUCAAAAUUCCUAUGUUUCUAGCCAGCAGCCUAUUACGUAAACAGCUUUGUCAACGUUGACACAUACAUUACGAAUCCUUUCGGCCAGGUUCAGUAAAGAGAAAUCGCAGGAUAAACCUGUGGUGGGGAACGAUCGAUAUAAGCUCAAACAAUGGUGGUGUAGUCGCUUUCCUAUGCCCUCCCGAGGGAUUCGUUACGAACACUAACGCAAGCAACGUCUUUUUUUUGCCGUUGAUGGUUGCAGCUUCUUCUCUUCGUUCGAGCUGCUUUCGCUCCAGCACCUAUGGAUUUUCUUUCUCAAGAAAGAAAAGAAGAAGAAAGAAGAAGAUCUAUUAAUAUGCAUGGCUGCCUAUAUAACAUGUUGCCUCCGACCUCUGUCUCACGACCGCAAAUAGAACCUGUAGCUUCAUGCCCCGCCCCAUUUAAGGCUACUAAUAGAAUAGGGUUGUGCCUACGCCUCUACCUACGCACGAUGCCACCUGUGCCUAUGCCUCUGCGUCCGAUGCCACGGAAUCUGCUGCAAAGUCAGUCUUACUAGGACCCGAGACCGGCAUUUGUCUUUCCGAACUAAUUGCGGCUAUUGGAUUGGGAUCCAGCCCAGACCUGGUAAGCAUUUCUUUGAACAGCAGAAAAGCAUUCGACCUCGGAUGUCGCUAAGCUAAGGGAUUUCUUUCAAGUCAAUUGAAUUGCUACAGUGCCAUAAGCUGGUUGGGUAAGACCGGAUACAUUAACAGCAAGUAAACUACCUUGUUAUAAGCAUAUAACACGCCUUAUUGCCUCGUAGAGUCUCUUGGCAUCCUAGCAACGGUUUCUUUGCUACUAUACUGUAUAUGCUUAUAAAGCUAUACAUCGCUUUUCUGCUUUAACUACGUAUCCAAGCAACUAAAAGAGAACUUACCGGACAAAGAGCUAAUAGUUAGAAGCAACUGCAACAUUGAAUAGCGCUUUCAGCUACAGAAUGCGAGGUUAGCUACACUUGCUUAGUUCAAACAACAAUAGCUACAAUAACUGCUAAAACAGCAGAACUCUUAACAACAUUGUAUUCUAUACACUCUUUCUUCUAUCGUUCGUAUCCCGUAUAUAGGUCUACUCACUUGCUUUCUUUUCUUUCUUUACCUCUUAUAUACAGUCAAAUCUAUUGGGAGCAUGGCAGCAAGAAAACCGUAUUUAACGUUCCUACAUGUUCCAUUUAAAGAGAAGUUCUUAUUAGAUGCCAGAAGUCCUACGGAUCAAAUCUAUCAUGUCGCGAGGUAGAAUGGUUCAACUCAUAUACAAGAAAAUCGAUACAGCUCUUAUUAGAUCAAAUACAACGAAUAAAACCGGUAUUCUCAGUCGGCGAAGCCUCUUCUGUUCUCAGUCGGCGAAGCCUCACAGCUUAUAUACUCUUUCUAUAAGACCUACGGUGCAUAAUAAAUAUCUUAUAUAAGAAACCACGCUUCUUCAUAGCAGUACUUGCUAAUUGAUUAUGACGUGUAUUAGCUUGCAUAAAGAUAGUUUACUUAGAAUAGAAGUCUGGUAGGGUUGCUAGAGAGCGGGGCUACUAACUACUUGCAUAUAAGACUAUACAGCUAGACUUGCCGGAGGUUUCUUUGCAAUACUUGAGACUAUACUGUCUAGCUAUAGAAGGCAUCUAUUUGCUAUGCUAUUCUACUAUACCGAUAUAACACACUAGUGGCUUCCGACGCUACACUAGCUGCUGUAUUAGCUACACUAGCCGCUUGAAUAAAUAGGGCUACUACUUGAGGAAGACCUAUUUAUGCUACUUGAAUAAAGAAGUGUGAGUGCCAUUGAUCGCGGAUCGAGACUAUUAGGUUGUUGGUCUUGGAAAGGCUUACCGAGCUAUAGCUCCACAUUUUCAGGAGUUAGCGUAGAAGGAAAGUUGACUUGCUGCGUGUUAUACGCGCUGGAAACAAAACAGCCAUUUAACACACGGUUGAGACCUUUUAGAAUGUAGCGAUUGGGGAUUUGAUGUUUCAAUGACAAAAGCUGUCGAUGGCGGUUAUCUGUUCCUGGUUCUGGUUCAAAUCCUGUCCCCGUAACGAACCUCUUUUUUUGUGAGCCUGCGUUGUAGCCUUUUGUAUAACUUGAACAGCUUGGAAAAGAAAUAUAGUAGAAGAUGCUUCUGUCUUUGUAUCAUAGUAGCUGCCUCUAGCUCUUUCUUCUUUUCUCGUGGCUGCGGUCGCGGGAGACCAACCCCAAUAGCAGAUUGUUUGGAGGCAGAUAAAGCAGAAGAAGAUAAUGAUGCUUACCAAGAUCCUCUCGACAAUGGCAUGAACAAGCAACCCGGAUAUUCAAGGGUUUAGCAUAUUGAUGAAGAUGACCCACUACCACUGCGGCGAUUACCCAUCCUAUCAAAGGUAGUGCCUCCAAUCUUGGUACCCACAUAGUGAUUUCAAAGUGAAACCGUUGUAGGGAUCAACCCCAGCUUCAAUUAGGCCAUCUCUGACAGCGGAUUGCCAAUUCUUGAGGUCCGGCUGUAACACAAUGGCCUUCUCAACCCAUUCAUAGGAAUGGUUAACCACUCCGAGAUCCCAAUUAAGACCAGAGUUCUUGCAUAAAUAUGGAUCUGCCCGACUAUAGAAACCAGCGUUAAUGGCGCUGCUUCCCCCAAUAACUCGCCCUCGGGCGUUA